AUGGACGGUCAAGCAAAUGGUCCUCCUGCUCGUAUGGAUGUGCGACACGGUCCAGGUGGGCGUGGUCGACCCGUUAAAUACAGCUAUUAUGACGGUGUGCUUUACGCGAAUGGCUUCAAGCGCGAGUCGGCCGACGAGAUACGUAACCGACUGAAGAGUUAUAAAGAAAAGGGUGGUUUGGUUACAGUAAAUUAUAUGUGCGAUAUACCAUCGCCUUUCGCUAUUGAGUUCGAAGAUGACGUGCGCCGAGAGUAUUACGGUCUCGAGCCAUCUAGAUCGGCUGAGCAGUGGCCGCUUUAUCUGUGUAUAGAUAAGGAUUGUUACACCCAAGAUCCCUAUAACAAAUAUGUCGUCGGAAAAGGAGCACCCGAACGGUUCAAGGCUCUCAUCACGCCUGAAGCUGAAGCAAGAUUUUUACGUUACCAUUCGAAGAAGCGAUCAAGGUCGGAGCAAGGAGACUCUCCUGCGACCGAGCACAGUGAUCAAUUUAGUAAAAGGCAAAGAUUUGAUGAGCCGCCACCGAGCGAGGCCGCAAGAUCACCGGCACCCUGGAUUGACGAGAAUGAUCCUGUCUUUCGAAAAGAUACACCGACACCUCCAGCUGCAUUGAUUAAGAAGCUAGCUAUCAUGGACCAGAAAACCUCGCGCGCCCGUCCACGCGUGUUUGCGCACGAAGGCCCAGGUACUGCUGCUCGAUCAUACAGUUUCCACAACGGCAAAAUUUAUCUGGGUAUCCAUACCCGCGAACCGGCGAGCUUUAUAAAGGACAGGUUGCACUCAGGCGAGUUGGUUACCAAAGACUAUAUGGUGGCUCAGCUGCAUCUCUGGGGCUGUACUGUCGUUGGGAAAGGCGAGCGAUCAAAAGAUGAGAUCACUUCCGAACUUUGGCACUCGCUUGAGUCCGGUUGGGUAAGCAUGAAGUCACCCAACGAGUAUGUCUGUAUUAAUGAGGAUGUGUAG